ACCUUGUAUACAGAAAGGAUUGGGAAGACGUCUGACCUUCACACCGAUGCCCUGCGCAGCGCCCUCCCGCGUCGCCUCUUCCAGCACUGCCUCGACGUACUGCUCGUGGCUCAUGAUGGUUUCCACAGCGCGGGGCGUGGUGCGUAGCUCCAGGUGCACGACGCCAUCCUCAGCGAACUCCCUUACGACGUCUCGCGUCGCCACUCGCAACGCCUCGGGACUCGAAGUGAGAGAGUGCGCCAAACCGAAAAUUUUGAAACACUCUUCCAGAUUUGUCAUUUUGGUGAUAUCUGGUAUAUCUAUAUCAUCCGCGCUCUUUCCCUCUUUCAUAAUGUGCAGCCUUUUUAACGUGUCGCUACUGAGAGAUCCAUUCAAAUGAGCAUGAAGUUCGAUUUUGGGUAACUGGGCGCAAAAUUCUGCCGUUGUCCACAUUUCUUUUAGUUCUACUUGUUUACAAUAGUUUGCCGUAAAUACAGUGAACAAAGAAUUAUCUGUAGAUGAGAAUGGAAAUUGCGGAAUUUUCGUAUACAAUCGUCCUAGGCGUGUACAAAUACUGGAUGGCUUGCUCACAAGCGGUCCGUAUUUAUGUGAAAGAUAGUUGUGUAAAUACAUACAGAGCGUCACAUGAGUGAACAGACGCCCGUAAAAUUAAGCUAGAUUCGCGAUAGAGCUACCUGCAGGCUACCUGAUUCUGGUAAAGAUAAUCUCCAAUACAACAAAAUAAGGCACAGUGUAAUUUUGGUUUUCUCCUACCGGUCCACGCUUAGCAGACGUCAUUUGUUAAGAUACAGUCGUUCCCACUAGCGGCACGUUGCGUUAGAACUACCAACUUGCAAUGACAACCUUGCCAGCAGGAUUUCAAUUUGUUAUUUAAUAUGGCACGUAAAGUAAUUAAGUAAAGAUAUACUUAUCGUACUACAGCAGUAUGGACAAUGAAGCAUUACAUCCAUAUGAAGAAUGUAAAAGUAGGAGUUCUGUGAUUUUUGGGUAUGUGUCAACAUCAGAAUUCAUCAGUAUAUUUUCAGCAUCAUGCCCUCACACUCACAUUAUGACAGUUUGCCCCAAAAUGUGUCUAGAAUUGAUGAACAACAAAUUCGAGAGGCAGCUGAGAGUUUUUUGGGCAGUUCAUCGAGUCUUCAUCCUGUAUUAUCACAUGGCAAAGACCAGUAUUAACACAAUCUUGUCAGAGGUGAAUCCUGGGGACGUUGUGACUGGCGUGCGCCCUAGUGGUCGCAUGUCAGUUGUCCGAAGAUUUUUUUGCCUUUUUGUUACAUUUGAUCUUCUAUUUACAGUUCUCAUGUGGCUUAUUUGCAUCAUGCUCAUUAAUGAAGAUGUGUUUAAAAUGAUGUCAGAACAGGUAGUUCAUUACAACAUUCAUACCUCUCUUUUUGAUAUAGUGAUGGCUGCAACAGUUCGUUUUGUGAUUCUUCUCUUGUUUUAUGCCCUUCUCUACAUCAACCAUUGGUGCAUCAUAGCUUUGUCUACUGCUGGGACUUGCUCAUUCCUUAUUGCCAAGGUGUUCUUAUAUGAUUGGGUAAGUGCCAAUUCACCAGUUCUCCAGGUGCUUCUGAUUAUUACAUCAUUUGUUAUUGCGUGGGGAGAAGCAUGGUUUCUAGACUUUAGAGUUAUUCCACAAGAAGUACUUGCCCAGAACAUAUUGCGAGGUCAAACUGGAAUCCCAAAUGAACGUUCUCCGCUUCUCCAGCCUUAUUUACAGAGGCUAUCUGCUCAGAAUGAUGAUCAAACGGAAUCUGUUCGGAACUUUUAUUCGCCAAUGGAUUCUCCUGCUGGUUCUGAUGAUGAACAGCCACAAAUGACACCUCGGGCUAGUAGACGUCAACGGUGUUCAACUAUUAAAUCAGUAGCCAAUGAAGCAUUGCAGGCAGCACGUCUUACCCUUUUUUCUUCUGAUUGGCGUCUAGAGAAGGAAGCUCAAUGUGGGGAUGUUGUAGAGAGUAAGCGGAAGCCUUCAGGUGGCAGACUGUAUCGAUUAGAGGGUCAAGUGGAUACAACUCCUCAACGGUUAUUGCACCUUUUGUUCAAUGAGUUGGAUAGCAGUCCUGUUUGGAAUACACAACUCGCCCUAGCACAGCGCCUUGAGGUAAUAGAUGAACACACAGAUAUUAGCUACCAAGUGAUGGCAGAAGGAGGAGGUGGUUUGGUUGCUCCUAGAGACUUUGUAACUUUACGUCAUUGGGAGAAGAGACUCAAUACCAUUACUCUUCUCACUGUGAGCACAACCCAUGCAGCUGCCCCUCCUAAGUCAAAGCCUAUACGUGGAACUCAGGGCCCAUCGUGCUGGGUUCUGGAACCAGGCCUGACUCCAGGAUCCACUCGCUUACGAUGGCUGUGUGAUACAGAGCUGGGUGGCUGGGUGCCUCAGGCAAUCUUGGAUCAAGCCUUCGCUUCAUCGCUGCUGGAGUGGAUGACUUGUCUGCGCAAACAUAUAGCUGCCCUAGAUUCACUUCCUGUUCCCUGACAUCUUGUCUGGUGAUCUUUAUCUUCAGAAAACUCAGCAAUAUGUGGAAUUUUGUUUGGAAAGCUUUGUAAUUAUUAAGAAGAUUUUCAUAAAACAAUCACAACCAAUAGACCGCGUUUUUUGGUGUUGUUUUUGAAAUGUGCUGUGUCAUAAUUUCUAUACAAGAGUUUUAUCAAAUAUGUUCCUUAAAACUCUAGUGUUAAAGCAUGAGGUGAAAGUUCUGCAAUCAAUAUGUUAUCUGUAUUGAAGCAUACAUACCAUGAAUUGGAAUGAGAAAUGUUAUGACUGGAGUAUCAUUGUGUUUUUACCAAUAUAAUACUAGGUAGACAUAGUGAUCUGAAAGAGCCCACAAAACCCGUUUGGCAUAUUCAAAAUAUUUUACGGAAAGGGAAAUAUUUGCACCUUAGCUAUAUGUUGGUUGUGAUAGCAAGCACAGACCCUCUAUAGGACAAGUUAUGUUAAAGCAAAAAUUUUCAUUGUCUCCUUUAUAAGCUGAAGCUGAUAAUGCAAGAAAAUAUUGUGCAGUUGCAAUUCAUUUUUUGUAUUUCUGUUUGAUCUGUUUCAAAUCUGGCUGUAAAGAAAUAGGGACUUAAGAGUCUCUAGAAAUAUUCAAUGGGUUUGAAUGAUGAUAUUAUUGCAUUAUUGCAAAAAUAUCUCUUGUGGCUAAGGAGGUAUGAAAUGUGAUGUUUGUAUUGAAAGAAAAAUGUUCAUGGGCUUUGGAAACUCAGGCUUUGCACCUCUGGUUAAUUUGUGUGAAAUAUCAGAAGUGGAUAAAUUUGAAAAAACUUUUCUAUUUUAUUCCUUUAAAAUGCUUGAGGAGUAUUUAGACUGUUGAUUGUUUCACUAAGGGGACAUCAAAAACUGAUGUACAAGAACAAUACCAUUCAGGGCAAUGAGUUUCUUCAUAAUUGUUUAGCAUUACUUUCGUAUAUUUUAUGGAUUAUAGGUGCGAUUGCAUUUGAUAAAAUUAUUUAAUUUUUUGUGUAGAAUAUACUAUUUAGAAAGUUAUUUAACAUUAAAUGUAAUUUAUAUCUUGAAAAAUAUGUUUAUGUACUCUUUUAAUUUUUGAUAUUUUUGUGCUUAAGAAAACGUGGGAAAUGACUUUCAAAUUAUGUUCAAUAAACUUAGCUGAGGGGUAUCAUACUUCACCAUCUACUCCAUGUAUCUCUCCAUUUUAAGAAAAAUAGUUCUACCAGUUUUUAUAUUAAGAAAGAAAGUAUUGUAUUGAAUUGUUUAUGAAAGGGCUUUUUUAAAACAUACAUUUUUCUUGUCAUAACAGUACCAAAGACAAUUACAGAUUUUAUUGUAGUUUUUUUUCCAAUUGUAUUGUGCAAGUCAUUCACUUUAAAUCAGUAAGAUUGUGUUUUUUGGUGCUUUAGUUUUAUUUUACAGAAUGAUCAGAUAAUUUAAUGGACAAAUGUAUGCUGACAAAAAAUAUUCACUAUAUAAGUAGUAUUUCAAGUAGUGAAAAAUAUGUUUGUGUGAAUGAUUAAAAAUGUUUGUUAUCUAUUUUUAUUGUAAAUAUGACUUUGAAAACACUAGGAUAUUGUUAAAUCAUUGACUUUAGAAAUUUAGUUAGAUUGCUGGAAGGAUAAUAUCUGAAAUUUUCUUCUGUUUGGUAGUUCAAGAGUUCUUCAAAAUUCCUUAUGGUGAACUACAAUAAUAUUCCUCUUCUACACUUUUAUGGAAAAAUAGUAUGAGUCAUGGGAAAUUCAUUUUAUAUAGUAAAACUCAGAAAAUUAUUCAUUAGCUUUGUUAAUAAUACUAACCUUUAUGAGGAAUUGCGGGCUUCUUUGGUCUUACACUUUGAAAUACACUGAGACUACUACUCAUAUUUUCUUUAAUUAUUUCUAGAAUACAAAAUUGAUUUCUAUUAUUUUGAAACCAUAUUAUCAAGUAAACUCUAAACAUUUCUUAAACCAUACACAGAAAACUCACAUUUCUGUUUCAUACAUAUGUCAUGAUUUGCAAAACCACCGUACAUAAGAACAAAAGUUAUUAUUAUAUACCUUACAUAGCACAGCCAAAGUAAACAUGUUUGUGAAAGAAAUGAAAAUAAUGGUGUUUAAUGAUCGGUGAUUGCCUGACUAAGAUUAUCGUUUGAUAAGAAGCAAAAAAUCUGGCUGCUGUCAAUUGGAAUAAUUCUUAAGACUUUUCCUAAUCACAAACAGUCAAGUACUUUGAGCACUAGGUGGGAAGGAACAAUUAUAUAAGAUCCACAACCCAAACAUAUUCUUCUUUGUAUUUGUGCAUUCAAGAAAAAAGUAUGAACUGAAGGAAAUUUUAAUGGUGUGAAAGCAAGGGUAUUUUAAGAUUGCGAAGGUAAUGGGAUUGAAGGAACUAGAAAGCAAUUUUUAAGAACAUUGAGAAAAUGUCAGUUCUGGAAAAAUAAAAGCAGGAUUUUUAUUGUAUUUGAUUUAACAUUCCAAGUUACAUGGCUAUGUGCUUAACACUUUUCUGAAGUAGAUUAAUGUGUUUGCUUAUUUUAUUAAGAAAAGAGAAAGAAGUGAAAAUUUGAGGAUGUGCGGAAGAAAAUUUUUGAAUGCAUUUCUGCAAAAGCCUGUGACUCAGUGCUGGUCAUUGAGGCACUGGGGGAAAGGAUGGGAAGUGCACUGGGGGCUUGCAGCCAUUCAAAACAUUCCAAUAUUGAAAAUUUGUAUUUGAACACCAAUUUUUAUAUUUUUUUAUCCUCUCAUAUAGGAAUUUGAGUAAUGUGUUAUGCCAAUGAUUUUGCAAUAUCCUUUUGUCAUAAUUAUUAUGCAUAGAAGAAUAUGUGUUUUUAUUUUGUUUAUUUAAUGUUCUGCUCAUUGUAUUUUUAACAUAAAAAACAAUUUGAAAAUGAAUUAUUUCUUGCAUUGGUAUACAUAAAUUGCAUUUAUUAUUCAACGUAAUCUUUAGGAAUUUGAGAAUAGACUGAAAGUUUAAAUUAUUACUAUAUUUCUCCUCCAUUUUAUCAAGUUUUGAGGAUGCAUAUUGAAAAGUAUUUCAUUUAUGCAGAUUCAUUAUUUAAUUUUUUCUUUUAAUGAGUUAUAUUUAUUAAAUAUUUGUUUUGAUGAGUUUGGUCUCAUUUUAAUAUGAUUUUUUGAGUUAAAUAAGUGUUAUUAAUAUUGAUUUUUUAAUUGUGUACAUUGCAUUUCAUAAAGGAAUAAAUUCUUGUACAGAAUGAUUCAGAACUUGUAUUCCACACAUUAUCAUUAUUACCAUUGUGCAUCACAUUUUUAAAUAUUGUAAGUCAUAAUCCUAUAACUGCUAGUAAAGUUUGGAUUCUUUAUUUUUCUGAGUAACAGAAAUUUUUGGGUAUAGUAAAAAGAAAAAGAAAUUCCCAAAUUUGUAAACACUGUAAUGAGAAUGAGGAUUUUAGGUCUUCAAUUCUUAAUUGGGAAUAAUUCUGCCUGGAUCAUGAAAUAUCUUUCUUAUACUACAUUUUUUGCAAAUGAUAUAAAAAAAAACAACAUACUAUAUUGAGAAAUGAUGGGAGGGGUCAUAACCUUGGUUUGUCUAAAACUUUGCUUUUGGUUGUGAGUUGCAAACACACUGGAGUGCACCAUGUACCUAUCAGAAGAUUUUUUACACUAAUAUCAUUGAAAAUGUACAGUAGUUUAAUUGUUAAAGGAAGUACCAAAUACUGAAGGAUUCAUAUUACUUUAUUUGACUGUUUUUCAAAUAUAAUUUAUUUACAUUGUCAUUUUCUAAUUUUCAUACCAAUUUAUAAGUUUUUGUCUGUUGCUUAAGAAUAGAAGCUAAUUAAAAUUGCUCGUAAACAAAUAAAGUGAGGAAAUUGAUUGCUUUCUCAUGGAUUUGACAUUGUUUAGUGUAGAGAACUUAAGAAUCUGCCUGUUGUACAUACAAUCUAAGGUAGCUAUUAGAAUUGAAGGGGAAUGUGGAGAGUUUUGUUAUAUAGUCUGUGGAAGAGAAUAACUAGAUCUAUUUGACCUAUUCAUUCAUUUGUAAACAUGAAUGUAGUUUUUUUCCACAGAGAAGUAUUAUAAGAGCGAAGUACAAUAAAGCUGGCAAAAGGCAAUCUGUAAAGCUGUGAAAUAUGUUGAGAAUUUAGAACAAUCCUCUGGAUUUAACUCUUUUCUCUCAAUAUCAGUGAUUUUUAAGUUGAGAUUUAUGACUGAAAAAUAAAUGACAAUGAAAACAAAAUUAAUUUUAAUUCUACUCUAAGGAAAAUUUUCAGAUAAGUGAUUGCAAUUUGUCUCCAGCUUGAUUUGUUUCUGUUUUAUAAUUCACAAUUUGCAUGUUAUGUUACAUAAGAUUUUUUAUUACUCUUUGUUGUUGAAAAUAUUAGACUCGUAGUUCAGUGAAGUAUGGGAGUUGACAAUCUGCUGUUCUUAAACACAAAUAUGAGAUUUUUAAUGUAAAUUUGUGCACUGUUUGAGCAUGUUAUGGGAGUUUUGCAUGUUUCCAAUAGAUUUCAUGUCUUAGUUAUUUCAUAUCAUCUCUUUGUAGAAAAUAUUUUAUUUGUCAGUGAUUUUAUAAUUUUUGAUAAUUGCAGAUAUUUUUUAUUAAUCUUUUUCCAGCAUAUAUUAUGGUAAGUUUUGUUGCACAUUAAAUAAUUGGGUAUAAAGCUUUGCUGGAUUUCAUUUAUUAAUUUUAAUAAAUAAGCAAGUGCACUACUACAUAAUUUUUGUUUAGUCAGUGGUAUAUUGUUAUAUUUCUGGAAACUAUUUUCAAUGUUAGUAUAACUUCAAUGAGUUAUGAAUACAUGAAACAAGGAAAUUGUAAUGGAAGCAGAACUAUUUGCAAUGUCUUCUGAGGGUGCUUGAAAUGAUCUUUUUAAUUGAAAUGUUGAGCAGAAGAGGCACCUAAGGCAUAGGAGCCAUUAAGGUUUCUUCUGUCAUAAUAUAGUCAGAUAAUGUACUACAUUUUUUGUACUAAUACAGAUGCUUUUUAGUCCUAUUUCAAAAAAAUAUGAAUUAUUUCAUAAGCAUGUUCAAUAUCUAUUGGUUUAUUUUUCUUUCCUUAUUUUUUUCUCUCUGUAUACUAAAGCAUGCCACUGCUUAAGUAAUGUAUUGUCUAGUUUGAUCAAAGGAAUUGUGAAUGUGUAAGUGCCUUUCUGUGUCUCCAUAUUAGCUUCAAUGUGUGCUUGCUUAGUCCUGAAUUUAUUUAGCAGGAUCAAAGUUCAAGUUUGCAGUGUAUGAAUAAUGUUGCAGAGAUAUUAUGUGGUGCUAUUAAAGUCCUGUGAAUAAGC